AUAAAGUGCUUUCAUUUCUUUAAUAUCUUCUCACCUUCCCCAUUUUGGUGUUGACUCAAGUCUUUACUUAGUGAGAAGAAGACUUGUAGAUCUUGGAUUGAUUCCAGGAGUUUUCAUAGAAAUCAAUGGGAAAUUCAAAGUCAAUCUUAAAGAGAUCUGUAGCAAAGCCUGAGAAAAAGAUGAAGGUCGUUCUGUCUGCAGAGCCAAACAAACCACUUCAAACUCCUCCCAAAAUUCGCAAUUUUAAUUUUGUUUGGAAAAUUCAAAAGUUCUCUCAACUCCCUUCUCAUAAGGGAUUUAAAUGUGAAUCAGGAGAUUUCUAUGCAUUUGAUUCGUGGUGGAGGCUGCAAUUAGUUAAAGAAGGGAACCAGUACCUUGGACUGCAUCUAUGCAUGCAAUGCGCUCCAUCACAUUUUAGGUUUUUUGACUUCAGUGUGAAAUUUAAACUCUCAGUUCUUGAUCAGAUGGGUGAAAAUCAUUGGACUGUUGAACCAAAAAAUGCUAUUUUGUCGACCUCGAAAAAGUGUGGAUUUUCCAAGUUCAUAGAACUUGAAGAACUUUAUGGAGUAGAUAAUUGCUAUGUAAUGGACGAUACUUGUGUAUUUGAAUUAGAGAUCUUUUCAUUCACUCCGAUUAUGAAGAGGAUUGAGACCCUUGCAGUACAAGUAUAUGAACCUGAGAUGCACAAAUGGAUUAUUCCCAACUUCUCAGAGCUCCCUAAAAUGGGUCCUGUUACUGAAAGUUUCACAAUGUUUGACAUUCUGUGGAAACUUGAGCUCUACCCAAAUGGUAGAAGUGAAUCCCACAGGAAUGUGUCUCUGAGUUUGUUCUAUGAAAGUUCAACGCCACGUCCUUCUGCAGAGUUCACUCUAUCAAUAAUCGAUCAGAUAAAAGGCGAGCAUAAGAAGAUGACUGCAUCCACCACAUUCAAAUUUAUGGGUCAAAACUGGGUGUUCCUGAACUUUUUAGCACUUAAAGACCUUCAUGAACCGUCCAAAGGAUACAUUGUAAAUGACACUUGCCAAGUGGAAGUCGAGAUCAAGAUUCUCGGAUUUGUCGACUCUUAGAUAAGCAGAAACAGUCUAAAAUCUGAUGGCAUGCUAUCUUUAUUGUUUGUGUUGUAAUAAACCAUGUUUCUUUGAUUACUCGAACUCUGUCACUCUUGUGUUGAAUAAAUUGAUCUGCAUUCUCUUUAACA